AUGAAUUUAGAAUCGAAAAUCAAAUUACUUUUUAAUGACAAGUUAACAUCAGAUUUAAUAAUUUGUGUCGAUAAAAAAUGUUUUUAUGUACAUCGAUGUAUUUUACAACUUUAUUCAAAAUAUUUUCAUGACGAAUUUCUAUCAACAACAUCAACAACAUCUUUAAUAACAAGAAAAUCGAGUACAUCACCAUUAGAAUUGAUAGUUGAUUAUACAUGUUCCUCCAAUAAUUGUAUAAAGGUUUGGUACGAUUUUGAUAAAAAUGUUCAUAAUGGUAAACAAAAUGAAUUGUACUAUGAUCAUGAGAUUUUUGGGAGGUUUUUGGAAUAUUUAUUGGAUAUUGAGAGUAAAACGGUAGAUGAAAUGAUAGUUUUAGGAUACUUGGCUAAGAAAUUCGAUGUACCAGAUUUGAGCGAAUCCAUUGAUGGUUUAUUGGAACUCAUGCCUUUAUCAUGGACCAAGAAAGAGAAUAAGUGGAAGGCGUCAUUACAAAUUAGUAAUUGGUUGGGAUUCGAGAGAUUAAGAGUUUAUAUAUUAAAAUUUUUGGUGAAAAUGAUUGACAAGGUUGAUAAUUAUAAAGAAAUAGAUGAUUUAUUUAAACAAUUGGAUGAACAGGAUCAAGUUGAUAUUGUGAAAUUAAUUGAUGAUUGUGAUGCGAUAUGA